UGUUGUAGGUGCAUCAAAUGUCAUAAUAAUUUAAUUUUUUGAAAUUGUAUAUUUUCUUUUACUUUUUUAUGUUAUAUCGUAUAUUUCAUUUACGUUAUCGCGCAUACGUAAGUGGGAGCAAGUAUUAGCUGUAGUAGAUUCCGUAUAUGAAUGCAAUCACAAUUGUUCGUGUGAAGUCGUCAUUUCAAGGAUCCUUCAUGUUCUUCAAAGAGGAUCGUCUCUAAAAGGCAGGAAAACGAUACACGCCCACGUCUCAGUGUGUUAUAAGAUAUUGUGUAUGAAGUUGUUGUUUUACGUGUGAUGAGGCCCUAGAGCACAGUGGGGUGCGCGAGUGUUGAUGGGACAAUGAGCGAGUCUCCAGGCGUGGAGUGGCUGCCGGCCUAUAGCCCGGGCCCGCCACGCCAUAGCCCACUCGGCCCUAUCCCGCGGUUCCUAUACGAAGAUGUCCAGCCCCUGGGGCUACAGCAGGAGAACAACAACAAGGAUUCAGACCAGAAAGAGAACGCGAAUAAAAUUCAACAUGCAAAGCCAGCUUAUAGCUACGCAAGCAUGAUCAGGCUGGCUAUCAACAGUGCCCCGAAUGGCAAGAUGACGCUCAACGAGAUAUACAACUACAUUUGUAACGCAUUCCCUUAUUACAAAGAAGCGGGAAAGGGAUGGAUGAACUCCAUAAGGCACAAUCUGUCCUUGAACAAGUGCUUCAUGAAGGUGGCCCGCAGUAAAGACGACCCGGGCAAGGGCUCCUACUGGGCGAUGGACACGAGUUACAAAAUGGCGGAGGUGACGCCGCGGCGGCGGCGGAGUCUUAGGAUGGCGCCGUACAGCCCGGAGUGCAGCAGCAACAGCAGCGGCGAGGCGGGCGCGGCGCCCACGCCCCCCGCCACGCCCACCACGCCCACGUCCCCCACGUCCCCCCCGCUGCCGCUGGCCGCGCCCCCCGCCGCCGCCGCGCUCGACACAGAUACAAAACACACAGAUGACGCUCUCACGGCGCUCAUGAACGAGGAGCUGAUGACUGAUGUAGACAUCAGCAGAGAGCGGGCGUGGUGCGAGGGCGCGCGGCGCCACGUGUGCCACUCGGCGCUGACGGACGACUACGGCAACUUCGCGGCCAGCCGCCUGCCCGACUGCGACUGCCCCGCCGCCGACGCGCCGCCCGCCGCCGUCUACCCCGCCUACUGGCCGGACGUGUUAUAACACGCGCCGGGGGGGCUCGCCGGGGUCUGAGACACGUAAUACCGUCUCGUGUAAGUAAAAAUAUGAUGGUUGAUGUGAAGAGAGGUACUGAUAUUGAGGAAAUGACUUGAUGGUCACUGAUGACUGUUGCAGAAUUUAAUUGUAUUGACCACAUUUAUAUUUAAUACAGUGGUUUAGAAUCCGGUCAGUUCUAAACGAUAUUGUCAAUGGCAAAACUUACUUUUAAAGCUAAAUUAUUUGGCAUAAUUUUUAUUAAUUUUUGUGUUUAUUCGCUAUUCCUUCCACUUUCAUAUUAAAAAGCAGGUUGACAUAAACACACAUAAAAUUAAAUUUUGAAGUUAUCAUAUAUUAUUUAGAAAUAAAAAUCUUCUUUUUCACUAGUUGAUUUACAUUCAAUUAUACCACUGUAUUAGAUAAAUUUGUGCACUUAUGUAGUUUCCAUUAAUUGGAAACUUAAUCAAUUGUCAAUGAUAAUUUUUUGUGUAUGAUCGAAGUGAAUAAAAAUUACAUGCGCAAGCCUUACAUUUUUAUAUCGCUGUGUUUACAUCAUUUGUGUAUAUUUUUAUUCACUUUCAUUAUUGAAAAAGAGUUGUAUGUAAAAUGCAGUGUUCUACAAUAAUAUCCUAAUUAAAUGUACUCGUUCCUGCCAGUACAUAUUAAACUAUGUGAAAAGAACAGAUUUUACAGUACUAAAUGUAUGAGAAAAAAGUUAUAAACGUGUGCGCAGAGUACUUAGUAACAUAACAUACUCAAACUAUUUUAAACAGUGGCCUACUUUUUUUGUCAUUUGAAGUUGAUACUUUUGAACAUUGCAAAUUUCGUCUUAAGAUUUAUAGACGAAAUUGUCCCGAGCGAACUGUGUUCGACUCGCGUAGACGUUGAUUGAGGGAAGAGUGUAAAGAAUUGUAAAAGUCACGUUGAUCGAUCUUGAGUUUUAUUGCGUGAGUCAUAAAGUUCAUUAUUUAAAUAUUCCUUACACUUCACUCAAUCUACGCUAACUUAAAAUGACUGAACGAACGGAGAUUGGUAAUUACUACUUGUUAUUUACUAUAUUGGUAUUCAAAUAUUGUAAUGUUACAGAUUACAAAAAUAAUUGUAACAUAACACGUAAACGACAAAAGUGACAAUGUGGCUCACAUUUUCCGAGCACCACUCGUUCGGAGUUGUAUGAUUAUAGCGACGUUACGAAUUAUAGAGUUAUAUAGUUUACAGAAAUAACACACAAUAGUUUUGUAUCGACACGUUGUUUUUAUACGAAGAGACAUUAUCAGAUCACAUAUCUGCCAAGUAUAUAGCUUAGCGUAGUUACCUAGGGGCAUAGUGUUGGACGCGGGCAUCGGAGGGGUUCACGUUGAUAUACGUAAAUUGUGCUACUUCUACCCGGUAGAUAAUUUAUAGGUAUUUUUCCUACGUCUAGUGGGUACAUUGUCCAUUGAGACUAAUAAGACCUAUUCAAUAAUGAAAUAAUUCUCGGAAUUAUGAAUGACUUUCGGUGUUGUGGGAAUUUAUAUAUAUAAAUAAACAAUAUUAAUAUUCUGAAACGGGGCGUAGCACAGUUUAUCAAAAGGGAAAAUAUAUUAUGUAGAAAUUGUAUAACAGUAUUUGGAGCCAGGAUGGUGACGACAGAUCUCAGAAUGACCAGUAUAUUAUAUAGAAUUAUUAUAGUGUGCUAAUUUUAUCAUUUUACUGUGCAUAUGGUUAGCGAUCGUUUAAGUUAAUAGAUUUAUGAUUUAUAUAUUAUUAUAAAUAUUAAUAAUUAUAUAAAAAUAUUGAUAUAAAAUCGCACCUAUAUACGUAAUUAUUGCUUUUUAGAUUAGAUAUGAAGAUUCGGCCUAUUUGAGAUAUAUUAUUAGGUUCAGCUUGCCUAAACUUUAUUUUGAGGUGCAAAAAAUAUACUUAUUUUGUGUUACAUUUGUGCCAUAGAUGGGGGGAGUGAACGCGAGAAGUAACAAUUUAAGAGUAAAAUUGUCCCAUAUCUUAAUGAAAAUGUGUUCAGAGUUUUUUAGAAGUUGUACCUACAUACAUGUAAUAAAGUAUAGUAUUGUGUGUAUAUAAUAAGGCAUUAUUUUAUAGAGCUGAUGUCUCGGGAUAUAUAAGCGCAUAAUAUUUUAACCGCCUGCGGCAGGUAUAGAUUUAGUUGUGUGGAUCAUGCCUAUGCUUACGAAAUUACAUUCACACCUAGGUGAGAAUAUAUUGAAAUUGUUGCUUUAAAUUCAGCUUGGAUUUAUCAAUGAUGAUAUUUUAUUAAUUGAUAAUUGUACUAAACAUUAUCCAGAAAAUUUACACUUUAUACAAAAAAGAUAAAGUGUGCAUGUAAUUUUGUAACAUACAUGCAGACCUAAUUAAUUGUAUAUGUUGAUUAAUUUAGUUACGUAUGUCGUAAACCUGUCAUGUAUUGAUUUUAUUAUUACUAGGAUCACGCUACAACAUCUUUAUAGUGACUAACUAACGAAUCCAUUUAUCAAAAAAAUAUAUUUACAGGGAUUUUUUUUUAUUUCAUAAUGUAUACGUAAUGGUAAAUAAAAACACCAAUUCGCAACUGUUUGUAGCGUGACUUCGGAUUGUAAAUAAAUCUUCACAUAAUGUAACUAAUGCCAAUAUUGUUUGAAAUUAGUUCUCUAAAAAUGUUUAUUGGUUCGAAAAAAUUACAUUCCUUUUAUUAGUUGAAAUUAUUUUAGAAAUAUUUCUUUCUUAAAAAAAUUAAAUAAAAUUCGUAGAUAAAUUUGAAUUUUUUUUGGUAGAAAGAUGAUUGACUAUUUAUCAUUUCUGUAAAGUUACAUAAAUAAAUGCGAUAUGUCAUAACAUGGAUGAUAACACCAAUGUUGCUUAUAUAUAAAGUGAUGAUUUCUAUAUGUUCUACUAUUUCAAUCAAAGCAAACAACUUUUUUUAAGCACAGAUACUGCAGAAGUGAAAUAGACAAUCAUCGUAAUGGUUUAUAAGUUUGCGACGUGGUGCAUAAUUAGUUGCCAUCUUUUUGUUUGAUAGUAUUUAUUAUUUUCUGUGAUAAAUGAUUUAUUUUCGACAAAAACGUAAAACUGUGAAGUAUAUUAUUAUCUAUACAUAAAUAUAUUCGUAACACAGUCGUGUUCAUGCAAGUUUUUGGAAAUUCUUUUAACUCAUAUUUUAUACAAUUAAUUACAUACUAACUUAAGUUUGUAAUAUAUUUAUUUUUUAUUGCGUUAUUACGCAUUGGAAUUUGCUAAGACAUAUUGAAGUACGUAACUGAGAGAUGCGUUAUUUCGGUUACAAAAUCCGCCUAUAAUGAUAUUAACGUGGCGAACGAAGCAAAAUUAACUGUUUUAUUAAUUGUAAUCACGUUAGCCGUUUAAUUUAAGAGUAGGAUGUUCUACCUCUAAACAAAUCAUAGUUGAUGUACAAUAUAAACUUUU